AACAAAACGAGUCAUGAUUCAUGAGAGCUAUGACCUUGACCACUAAGUUUGAUACUUUGAAGUUUAACCCCACGUGGGUGAAUAAGAGGGUGCAGCGAAGAUCACGAGGUAUCACUACCUUGCCCAGCUAGAAAUCUCCUUCUAACAAUUUCACAUAUAUACACUUUUAGGAAGUCUCCUUGUUCACUCUUUUAACAAUUACUAUAUCCUGAACGCUUUGUCGGUAAAAGGGGCCCCAGUUCCUUAAUAUAUGGAGUUAAUAAUUCUAGGGUAGAUCUAUAUUUCAAUGCUGGGGGUUGCAGGUCCAUGUCACUAGUGUAAACACGUUUCAUUUUCAAAUCAGGGUACUGGGUAUAAAAAUUAGAUCUGAUUUGCAAUGUGUUUAAUGAUCUAUGGUACUCUAGCUGUCUGUGGUUGGAAAGAACCUUCAAGAGAUAAUAUUAGAGUAAAAGAAAGCUAGCUAAGAUGGUGAGAGCUCCUUUCUAUGAUAAAAAUGGAAUGAAGAAAGGUGCAUGGAGUCCUCAAGAAGACCAUAAACUAAGAUCUUAUAUUCAGAGAUUUGGCCAUUGGAACUGGCGUGAACUUCCUAAGUUUGCUGGUCUUAAAAGGGACGGAAAGAGUUGCAGAUUAAGAUGGAUGAAUUACCUCCGGCCUGAAGUAAAACAUGGGAACUACACUGAAGAAGAAGAUGCCUUGAUCAUGAAAUUACAUGAAGAAUUUGGAAACAGAUGGUCCACGAUCGCUGCAAGUUUACCUGGAAGAACAGACAAUGAAAUAAAAAAUCACUGGCACACUCAUCUAAAGAAGCGUGCAAAGCGAACAUCUGAUGGGAAAGAGUACUCUAGUACAACUUCCCAAAGUGAGGCCACUCACAGUUCUGAAGGUGAAGCUGAAAGCGUCCUUAUUGAUAACCCCCCAAAUAUGAUUUUAGAGAGCUCACCCUUGUCUCCAACAACAAAAUCGACUACUGAAUUAUCCUCCUUCAUCUCCGACAGUGGAUAUAUAUCCAGCUUAAAUGUUAGUGGCGGUAUGGAAGAUAUUUGUCUCCCUUCUUCUUCAGAAAUAUAUGAAGCUCAAAGCAGCGGAGAUUUCUGGAGUGAGCCCUUUGUAGUAGAAAAUAUCUACAAUCAAGAUGGUUAUCCACCAUUCUUGGCAAGGGGUGGACUUGUGCUGCCAUUGCCUUAUGAAAUGUGUUAUGGUGAUUCUGCAGAUUUGCUCUAUCAGUUGAUGUAAGGAUGGGCAUAAUUUACGUUUAGUUAUUUGGUGAUCCAGCAUGUUAAGUAUAUUAGUACGAUAUAUAUUGCAAUUGUAACUUAAAUGAGUAACUAAAUUAUCUUACCAAUUACUAUUUAAAUUAGACGUUUUAAAUUUCCAAGUAAUAGUCAUAAAAAGUUGACUGCAUGAACUGAGAGAGUAUUUAUUAUGCGUGCAUACUAACAAGCUACAUGCAUUUCUUCCCACAAAACCUGGAACAAAAGGUCUGUUUAAUUUUUUCCGCUGGUUUUGAGGUACUUUGUAGAUUCUUCACCUGACUAAAUCAGAUCCCUUCAGUUAAUAUGCUGUCAAAGUCUAGGAACUCCAUUUUGUUUGAUAAUUUUUUUAGUAUUAAAAUGGGCCUUUGACAAUAAAUUGGGUUUCAAUUGGAAAGUUUAGGCCGAAUGGGUUAAAAGCCCAAAAAUAUUAAUUUUUAUUUGAAUUUGAAUUUUGAUUUGAAUUUUAAUGUAAUUUUUAGUACCAGUCAAAGUAAAAAAAAAAAUAGAAAAUUUAAAAAUAGAAAACUGUGAUAAAUUGGCAAAUUUGGUCUUUUAGAUUUUGGAGUUAAUAAUUCAUUGCUAAGGAAAUAUUUGGUCUCAAAUUCAUCAAAAAAAAAAAAAUCACAGAAAAAAUAAUCUUGAAAAUCUUUGGUAAAAUCAGUGGGGUUAAUGCUUGUCCAAGUUGAAUUCAGAUUUCAAUCCUUAUAUAAGGAUCUUAAAUAUAUGAUCAUAGGAGGGAGCAAUCAAGCAUCAAGCAAUUACAAGCUCAAUUUCUAGAGUCAAUUAGUAGAUAGAAGCAAAUAAACAAUCAUUGAAGAAAAAACAAGCAGAAGAGCAAUCGAUGAAGAAUUAAGAAGGCAAUUCGGGCAAUUCACAACAAAGAGGAGAACAAUUUACAAAAAGCCACCAAGAAUCAAUCACAUAAUAGCCAAGGGCUUUAAUUAACAAGCAAGGGGCAAUUAGCAGACAAAUGGUAAUCAACAGCAAUUUGACAAUAAGCUUUCAAGUAAUUCAGCAACAACAGUUCAGGAAAUUCACAGGAAGCAUGUGAGGGAAACAAAAAAAGCAAACAAAGAAAGUUUCAGUGUGCAAUUGGCAUCAAAACAGGAUAAUUCAACACAGUCUCAAAAUCAACCUAGUAGGAUCACAAUUGGCAAUUACUCAAAAAACCAUAAAGCUUCCACUCAGCAAUAAACCCAGAAAAACCCAAAGUCAAUUUUAACACAAUGCAAGCCCUAACAUAGACACCCAAAAGCCAGUGAAUCUAAACGCAGAAGGAAACCAAACUUGGAACCAAGGAACUAAUAACAAGAAAAACACAAUAAGUAGUAUAGAAAUCAAUCUAAAACAAGCAUAAAAAGGGACGAUUGGGGUGAAAGUCUCGAGUUGAUUUGCUUAGUGUUUGGAGUUGGUCCGUCAGAGGAAGUAAAAAAGGAAUUGGUUCUUGUUGGUUGCAGAUUGUCAAAAGGGCAGCAAAGUGGUAUUCUUGGUGGUGGCAGAUUUGAAUAUAGAUUUAAAAAGGAUUCUUUGAAAAUUUUGUUUAAAGGAGGAAGGGCCAAAAAAGGGUCUUUUGUUACGCCAUUGAUGUUGGCAAUACGGUAGUGGACA